ACAUUAUAAGUAAGUAUGGCACUAAUUUUGUAUUUUAUUGCUAUCUUUAAAGAUCCUCAAGAUGAAAAUAAAAUUGGAAUAGAUGGUAUACAGCAGUUCUGUGAUGACCUGGCCCUCGAUCCUGCCAGCAUCAGUGUGCUGAUCAUUGCAUGGAAGUUCAGGGCAGCCACACAGUGUGAGUUCUCCAAACAGGAGUUCAUGGACAGCAUGACAGAGUUAGGAUGUGACAGUAUAGAAAAACUAAAGGCCCAAAUACCCAAGAUGGAACAAGAAUUGAAAGAACCAGGACGAUUUAAGGAUUUUUACCAGUUUACUUUUAAUUUUGCAAAGAAUCCAGGACAAAAGGUAUUAGAUCUAGACAUGGCCAUUGCUUACUGGAACUUAGUGCUUAAUGGAAGAUUUAAAUUCUUAGACUUAUGGAAUAAAUUUUUGUUGGAGCAUCAUAAACGAUCAAUACCAAAAGACACAUGGAAUCUUCUAUUAGACUUCAGUUCAAUGAUUGCAGAUGGCAUGUCCAAUUAUGAUGAAGAAGGAGCAUGGCCUGUUCUUAUUGAUGACUGUGGAAUUUGCAUGCCCUCAAAUUUCUGGGACAAAAAAGUACAACAGUGUAGCACUAAAGGAACCUUCUAGAAUGUACAUAGUCUGUACAAUAAAUACAACGGAAAAAUGCACAGUCAAUUUCUGCUGGCUGGACCGAACUGAAGAUCAAUCCUCACAGUUCAAACUGAGGGUUGAGACAAAACUUUAAGGAUACAUCUUGGACCAUAUCGUACUCCAUUCUUCUACUGGUAGUUUGGGCUUGUCUUCUAGUCUGGGCCACUCUAAACAUUUAUAAUU